AUGCCUCUCCUCCUGUUGCUGCUUCUGCUGCCGUGCCCCUCACACCCCCAGUUGGUCUGCGAGGUCUCCAGGGUGACCAGCCAGCUGGAAGUGAACUGUGACAACAGGGGGCUGAAGGUGCUGCCUCCAGAUCUGCCCAGAGACAUGGCCAUCCUUCACCUGGGCGAGAACCCCCUGGGCACCUUCUCCACAGCAUCCGUGGCGUCUAUGACCCAGCUUGCAGAGCUGUACCUGCGUCGAAGCCAGCUGACCAAACUGCAGACGGACGGGGCGCUGCCACGGCUGGAGACCCUGGACGUCUCCCACAAUAAGCUGAAGAGCCUGCCCUUUCUAGGACGGGCACUGCCAGCCCUCACCACCCUGGACGUCUCCUACAACGAGCUGACUGCACUGCCUCCUGGUGCUCUGGAUGGCCUGAGCCGGCUCCAUGAGCUCUACCUACGCGGCAACAAGCUCAAGACUCUGCCCCCGGGGCUCCUGAGGCCCGUGGCCCAGCUGAGGAAGCUCAAUCUGGCCGACAACAAGUUGAACGAGCUGCCCCCGGGGCUCCUGGAUGGCUUGGGGGAGCUCGACACCCUCUACCUCCAAGGGAACUGGCUGCGCACCAUCCCAAAGGGCUUCUUCGGGGACCUCCUCCUGCCUUUCGCUUUUCUCCACAACAACCCCUGGGCCUGUGACUGUGAGAUCCUCUAUUUCAGCCGCUGGCUGCAGGACAACUCCAAUAACGUCUACUUAUGGAAGGAGGGAGUGGACGUCAAGGCCAUGACUCCCAACGUGGCGAGCGUGCGAUGCGUCAACUUGCACAACACACCCGUCCACACCUACCCGGGGAAGGGCUGCUCCAUUCUCGGGGAUGGGGUUGACCUAGGCUAUGACGACUACGACGAAGAGGAGGAAGUGGGAAAAGUACCCGCCACCAGGGCCGUGGUCAGCUUCUCCACCAACACCAGAGCCCACACAACCCACCGGGCCCCCCUCCACUCAGCACCCACUGCUUCUCCAGACCACCAGAUGCCCCAUCUGUCUUACACCCUCGAGUCCACGAAGAAACAGAGCAGAUUCCCAACCGCCCCAGAGCCCAGCACGUCCCAUCCCCCGUCCUCCAGCAUGCCCCACUCCACAACAUCCACCAUGACCAUGACCACCCCAGAGCUCAGGCUCCCCACCAGCCUGGAACCCACGACCCCCACCACUCCGGAGCCCACCACGACCCCCACCACCCAGGAGCCCACCACGACCCCCACCACCCCCGAGCCCACCACGACCCCCACCACCCCCGAGCCCACCACGACCCCCACCACGACCCCCACCACCCCCGAGCCCACCACGACCCCCACCACCCCCGAGCCCACCACGACCCCCACCACCCCCGAGCCCACCACGACCCCCACCACCCCCGAGCCCACCACGACCCCCACCACGACCCCCACCACCCCCGAGCCCACCACGACCCCCACCACCCCCGAGCCCACCACGACCCCCACCACCCCCGAGCCCACCACGACCCCCACCACCCCCGAGCCCACCACGACCCCCACCACCCAGGAGCCCACCACAACCCUAAUCCUCUCUGAACUGACCACAUCUGAGAUCCCAGAAUCAACCUCAUUCCCUACUACUUUGGAAUACCCAACCACCACCUCCUCUGUCUACCUCCCAGAGGCCCACGAGGUGGUUCAAGGGAAUUUGGAGAGCUCCAAAAAUGACCCUUUGCUCAACCCUGACUUCUGCUGUCUCCUCCCCCUGGGCUUCUAUGUUUUGGGUCUCCUCUGGCUUCUGUUUGCCUCUGUGGUCCUUAUCCUGCUGCUGGCUCGGGCCCGGCCCGCGGGGCCACAGGCCCUGGCCACAGCCACACACACCGCCCAUCUGGAGCUGCAGAGGGGAAAGCAAGUGACCCUGCCCCGGGCCUGGCUGCUUUUCCUUCAAGGCUCACUCCCCACUUUCCGCUCCAGCCUCUUCCUGUGGGUACGGGCUGAUGGCCACGUGGGGCCCCUGCGGGCAGGACGGUGGCCCUCUGCCCUGAGUUUGGGUCGGGGUCAGGACCUGCUGGGAACAGUGGGCGUCAGGUAUGCUGGCCACAGCCUCUGAGGGGGGU